CAGCACUUCUCUGGACGAUGACUUCAUAUCCCACAAUUCCUACUUCCGUAACCUGACGUCCACUGUUAGCGGGGCUUGAUGGCGAGCUAAAGAGGUACCGCUGCUCCUCUCUGCUCCUCCUCGCUGCUCCUCCCUGCUCGAUAGCGAGCGAAAGUGGCAGUUUGACAAGCGAGCGGUGGAGCACGACGAUCAAAUGCAGACAGCUCCGGAAAUGAAAGGUGUGUGUCCCUGCCGUAAGUAGCAGUGAUGGAUGGAGAAGCCCAAAGGGCCGCUGCCUCAUGGGAGAAUGGUACCCUCCUGGCUCCCGUGGACCGCCUUCGCUCCGAGAGGGCGGAAAGCCCCACACCAGGUCUGGUGGAGGGAACUGAACCAGGUGCCGGUCAGAAGAGUGCCAUGUUCGUCCAUGCACAGUCUUUCGAGGACUUGACAGCGGAGGAAGGGGAUCUGAAGGAGGCCGAACCGGACAAGUCUGGAGAGUGUGCAGAGGACAUCGAGGUGCUGGUGGGAGAGAAAAGCAUAGAGGAGCAUCACAAAGACGACAUCACAUCAGAGAGUAGGCCUAAGGAGGAGGACGUGUCCAGUGAGGCAUGGAGGAGCCACAGGAAACACGUUUUUGUGCUGAGCGAGGCCGGAAAGCCAAUCUACACCCGCUACGGCACGGAGGAGGCCCUGUCCAGCACCAUGGGGGUGAUGAUGGCCCUUGUGUCCGUCCUCGAGGCCGAGAAGAACAUCAUUCGUUCCAUACAUGCAGAUGGCUGUAAAGUGGUUUUCCUAACCAAGAGUCCUCUGGUCCUGGUGGGCGUGUCUCGGACCUCUCAAACUGACAAGGAGCUGCUGCGGGAGCUGCAGUACAUCUACUACCAGAUCGUCAGCCUCCUGACCCUCACCCAGCUCAACCACAUCUUCCAGCGCAAGCAGAACUACGACCUGCGUCGCCUGCUGGCCGGCUCCGAGUACCUCACCGACAACCUGCUGCAUCGACUAGACCGAGACCCCGGGCUGCUGCUCAGCGCCGUCACCUGCCUGCCUCUGGCCAGCUCCGCCAGGGACAUGGUGUCGUCAGGCCUGCAGGCCGCCAAAUCCGAGAGCCUGGUGUUCUCCAUCCUGCUGGCGGGCGACCGCCUGGUCACUCUGGUGAGGAAAAAGGACCAGUUCCUGCACCACAUAGACUUGCACCUGGUCUUCAACCUCGUCGGUUCCUCCUCGUCCUUCCGAGAGGGCGAAGGUUGGACGCCGAUCUGUCUGCCAAAGUUCAACACCGCAGGAUUUUUCCACGCUCACAUCUCUUACCUGGAGCCCGCUUCCCAGCUCUGCCUCAUCCUGGUAUCGACUGACCGAGAGGACUUUUUUAACAUGUCCAACUGCAAGCAACGGUUCAUGGAGAGGCUGAGCAAGCGCAGCGCCUACCAGGCCCUGAAAGAAGCCCUUAAAUGUCCCAGCUAUUCUGUGGCGCAGGUCGGCAUCCCGGAGCUCAGGCACUUCCUGUACAAAUCAAAGAGCUCAGGGCUGUACACCAGUCCAGAGUUCCCUGAAAUGUACCAGUCUGAUGAAGAGCAGGAAAGGCUGAUGGGACUGUACCAGGACCUCCACAGCAGCUUGCAUCAUCCAACCAGACCCCUCCGCUCCUUCUACCGCUGUAGUGAAACUGAAAACCUGCUGGCAUGGGUGACAAGUGGCUUCGAGCUCUACCUCUGCUUCAGUCCGCUGGGGACCAAGGCCUUGGCCGUGUCUGCUGUCACCAAACUGCUGAAGUGGAUCAGGAAGGAGGAGGAUCGCCUCUUCAUCCUGAGUCCUCUCACAUACUGAGCCCGACCUGCUGAAACAAAGAGCAUCACCCUGAAUGCUGAGGGGCCUGGUGCCGACGACUGCUGCAGAUGAUACAGUAGUUCAGUAUUUGCUUAAUGAUUGUCACAGCUUUUUAUUUUCUUGCUUUGGAUUCCUCUGAUCUAAAUCACAGAUUUGUGAUUAAGUAGGUUAUGCAAUGAAGGCAAGUUAAAGCUGUUUUUAUCUGGCUCGCUUUUUAUAACUUCAAAUUUGAACAACAACAUAUGAAGCAGCAUCAGCAGCAUCGAUGAUGACACAAUACCAACAUGAACGGUGGUGUUUAUAUGCUUCUGAAGUUGUUUCGUAAAUAUCCGUUUUGCUGAAACAGACCUGUUCUGCCUCUAAGCCUAUGAAAGAUGCUGUCGUUGUUUUAUAAAUGCUUUCUCCUCAGUUCUUAAAAAUCAGGAAUAAAGCUUGAAUUCCAAAACUGGAAUUUUUCUGAGAACCUGCAGUAGAAUGUAUUCACUUGUUCUUCACAUGUUAUAACACAUGCUGUUAAAAUAUGAGUUCACCACAUUCCUGUUGUGUUUUAUCCUUACAUGAUGACCAAUAACUGUAAUUGUCAUUUGACCUCUAUGCACUUUCUUUAUGCAAAAGGCACUCCUAAGACAAAGUCUGUAACCUGAUUACUGCUGUCAUUUAUUUGUGUUUAUGUAAAGGAAUCUUCAUUUCACUUGCUUGAUCUUCCAGUGUCAAUCGGAAUUUCCCUUAAUUUAUCAUAAUAUUUGUAUUAAUUAAGAAAAGUAUUGUAUGAAAUUGUAUCUGCUCCUAUGUUAUCACAAAGGUUCACUGUAUUUCAAGGGAUCCUGCUUUGCUUAAAGAAAACAUCCCCACAUCUGCCACCUCUAAUCAUGCCUUAAUUAAUGGUAAAUGUUCAAAACCAAAAUAGGGUUGUGACAGAACAGAUUUAUGACUGCUUUACGACCCAAGGAUUAUUAGAUAUAAAUAAAUCACUGGUAAUAAAACAUAUGUGUCUUGCAUGACUCUGACUUUACUGUUUUCUUUCUUUUAAUAGUAGGCAUAUUAGUAAGUGAUGGAGGAAGUACUUAUAUCUGUUACUUAAGUAAAAAUGACAAAAUCGCUAUGCAAAAAAAACCUGUAACUGAAGUAAAGGUACAAAAGUAUUAACAGCAAAGUAGGGCGGAAUGGUCACUUUCAGUGUUUUAUUAUUAUAUUAUUGGAAUAA